AUGAUCGCCUACUCGAGGGAGUCCCUGCUCUCCGUUCGGCACGCCGCAUCCGGGGCCUACGCCUACCUCGACAGCAAGCUGCUCGCCGGCAUCGACGCGUGCAAGAACGAGAUCGAAGCGGAGUUCAUGGGGGAGUCGUCGGAACCGCGAGGGUCGGAGACGCCUGAGGCCAGCGCAGGAAGCACAUCCAAGAUAUGCACCAGGUUUUUCAGCACCGGCUGCCGCUUCGGAGACGGCUGCCGAUUCCUCCACCACCUCCCCGGCAGCGGCCACGACCACGAGCAGGCGGCUGUUGCGAAGAAGAUGGAUAACCUCAACCUGCGCCUAGGCGACCCAGCUCCAGCUACCGUCAAGACCCGCCUCUGCAAGAACCACGGCAAACCGGAGGGAUGCAAGUGGGGGGAUAUGUGCCACUUCGCGCACGGCAAGGGCGAGCUCGGGAAGCCCAUGGGUCCUGGGAGCAGCUACAAGACCAGGCUGUGCGUCAGCUUCGUCACCGGCGGGUCGUGCAGCUUCCGUGGCAGAUGCCACUUCGCCCAUGGCGAGGAAGAGCUCCGCAGCUCCGACUCACCUCAGUGAGUCUGGGUAUGAUCAUGAAGCAACUGAGUUCUGCCCUGCAUUUUUGGCUAUUCAGACUUAAUGCCUUGGAAGGAAUGUUCUGCCCAGCAUUUCUCGCUGAACUGAUACCCUAGCAAGUUCUCGUUGAAUUUCGAGUUCGCAAAU